CAAUAUUUAUUUGAUUGAUAAGCCUUGGUGCAACCUGCCAAUUUUUUAUCGAUUUGAUAACCUAGUUAUUACUUAUUAGUUGAUACUUCUAUACUUCAUAUCCGGUCGUUGUUCGUUUGUGCAUGUUUGUUUUUUCAUUGAAUACUUGAAUUAUUAAUUUAAAAUGGCUAGUGAAGAAUACACUGGUAAACCUUACAAAAUAAUUGAUUCAAAGCGUGAACACAAAAUUGGUAUUGUUGCAACUUCAUUGUCUGAUUUUAUGACUAAAGCUCAACAAAAACUUGAUAUAAAUGAAAAUGAACCCAUUAAAGUCGUUCUUGAAUCUGAUGGCACUGAAAUUGAUGAGGAAGACUAUUUCGAUACUUUGGAAACAAAUACAUUAAUUAUGAUUUUAAAAUCUGACCAAAAAUGGAGUCCAUAUGAUAUAAGUGGUGGUGUUUUCCGAGCUUACACAACAAGCUUUAAAUUUUCAGACGAUCAAAUUGAUGGCACACAGAGCUUAAACAGCUUGAUUCGACGUCUGCAAAAUGAUAUAGGUCAAAUAGCAUUUUUGAGUGGUUGCGAUCUUGAGCUUUUAUCUGAUAUGGAUCCAGAUAGUUUGGUUGAUAUGGCAUUUGACAGGUCAUUUCUAGAUCAAGUUAAAGAAGCUAGUGGACGGUUUUUGUAUGAAAAACGAGAAGCUCAAGAUGCAAUAAAUUUGCUCAAACUCUACCAUGCCACGACAAUUGGUCAAAAUGCAUCCAAGAAAAGUAAAGUUUAGUACUUAAGUAAUGAAAAUAUUACAUUUUUAAAAAUAUUUACUAUAACAACGUUUUAAGUUAUUUUAUCACUGCAAAACUAUUAUAAAAUAAUAUAAUACGAAAUAGUUACUUUAUAGUCCUUAGGUUAUAUUUGUUUGGUUAAUAAGCACUACAAAGUAUUUGAAAAAAAUUGAAUACAGAGUUGUAUAAUGUGUGUGUUAGAUUAGUGUUGUUAUCAAGACUUCCAAAAAUGAUUUAUGUCUUACAGCUAAUAGAUAUUAAGAUUUCUUUCAACUGUUGUACUAUCUGUCCUAUGUUUUAGUCAUUAAAUUAAGAAAAAAGAAAUGUACCAAAAUAUUUUAAAUGCAUUGGUUGAUAAAAUAAAGUAUUGGAGAAUAUCCAACUUAACAAUAUGAAUACACAUCUUUUAACAUUAAUUUAAAUUGAAUGAAUUCUUUCAAUAUAAUUUUUUAAAAAACA